AUGUUUACUCAGGUGGCGAAGGCGCGAAAUCUGCGUCGUUUCAACGCCCUCACGCACGAGGCACUUUCCAGCUGUUUGAUGUUCGCAACCCUCACGUUUGCUACUUUGCAGGUGCAAGUGGCCUUCACAUUCAUCCAUUUUGCUCCAGCGUCGGAGGCCCCGCUCAGGAAGUCUGCCUCUGCACCAAGUCUUUUGACACAUGCAGCGCACGUGCCUCAGUGCUUUGGAGUGAGGACCGACCUGGAACUGGCAAAGCUUGACUUUGAGCUAUACACCUCGGUACAGGAUCUCGCGCGCCGAUGCUCUGGCUACGCAGAGGCACAGGCAAGGCAUGUGUUGACAGUCGAGCUGUGCGUGAAUGCAUGGGGCGAGCUGCUAUGGCAGUACUUGCACGAGGCCCAGGAUGCAGGCCUCAGCGCCUUGGCAGCUUACCUGGAAAACUGCCCUCAGAUCGCCGAUCGUGGUAACGAGGUGCUGCCUUGGGUCCGCAAGCUUUCAGGGCAUAAGACCAUUGACAAGCCCACGAUGCAGCAGCUUGCCCCAACGAUCAUACUGCUCAUCGCGGAGAUCGUGGCAAACUGUUGGCAAGCAAGGCAUGUGUUUUUUUGGGGAAGGCGAGCGAAGAUAAGAUGA